AUGGAGGUGGUAGCAACCAUCUCAACUCGGCUGUUCUGCCUCUCGGUUGAGCUGGGAAACAAGGACUCCUCGUCCAUUCCAGCGUGGUGGGUGCCGCUUCUCCCCGCGCUGCUGGCCUCUCUGCUCCACGCCACGGUGAUCUGGCCGCUCGCCGUCGCCACGCGUCACUGGUUUGGUGGCCAGACCUGCUCAACAUGGCUCCGGGUGCUGAGUAAGGUGACGAACGAGGUGCAGGUUGGGACGCUUUUGGCGAUGCUGCGCCUGCUGCUCAACAACACGGCGCGCCUCCUUCUCCGGCUUGUGACGGGCCUCCGUGUCAGCGCCGCUUCUACUGACGAGGAUGAGGCCGCUGCUGCUGCUGAUAGGCGGCAGCCUGGUGUAAGAGAAGAUGGGCCGCGAAGGUCGGCCAGGCAUCGAAGGCCCAGCGUCAGGGUGGCGGGCCCAGAAUGGGACAAGCGGCUCCGUGGCUAG